CCUAACAUCAUCCGAGAGCGACGGCGCCGGGAGGGAGGAAGAUGGCUGGCAAGAAGAACGUUCUGUCGUCGCUGGCGGUUUACGCAGAGGAUUCCGAGCCCGAGUCGGACAGUGAAGCUGGAGUGGAAGCGGCUGGGAGCGCGACCGCAGCGGAGGAAAAAGGUGGCUUAGUGUCUGAAGCCUAUGGAGAUGAUGAUUUUUCUCGACUUGAGGGAGAUGAAGAUGGUUAUGAGGAAGAGGACGAAGAAAACAGCAGACAAUCGGAAGAUGACGAUUCAGAGACUGAAAAACCUGAGACUGAUGACCUAAAGGAGUUUUCAGAACUGGAAAAGCGAGAUCCCCAGGAGCUGGUUGCCUCCUUUUCCGAGAGAGUCAGAAACAUGUCUCCUGAUGAGAUUAAAAUCCCUCCAGAGCCACCUGGCAGAUGUUCAAAUCACCUCCAGGACAAGAUACAGAAAUUAUAUGAGCGGAAGAUAAAGGAAGGGAUGGAUAUGAACUACAUUAUCCAAAGGAAGAAGGAAUUUCGGAAUCCCAGCAUCUAUGAGAAACUUAUCCAGUACUGUUCAAUUGAUGAGCUUGGCACCAAUUAUCCCAAGGAUAUGUUUGACCCCCAUGGAUGGUCUGAGGACUCCUACUAUGAGGCUCUAGCCAAAGCACAGAAAAUUGAAAUGGACAAAUUGGAAAAAGCCAAAAAGGAGAGAACAAAAGCUUAUUGCAGGGACGUGUCUGCAGCGCCUGGGGAGGUGACCGGAGCUGUCCUUCCCCUGUGCAGGCACCACCUCCUCCUGGGUAUUGAGUUUGUAACAGGCACCAAGAAGGGCACCACGACCAAUGCCUCUGCCACCACCACCACCACUGCCAGCACCGCAGCCACAGAUGCCCAGAAGAGAAAGAGUAAAUGGGAUUCUGCUAUCCCAGUGACGACAAUAGCCCAGCCCACCAUCCUCACCACUACAGCUACCCUGCCGGCCGUGGUCACUGUGACAACCAGUGCUAGUGGCUCCAAGACCACAGUCAUCUCAGCCGUAGGCACCAUUGUGAAGAAGGCCAAGCAGUGAUGGGCCUGGUGCGGGGGCCUGGUGCUGGACAUACUUUUUGUGGAAGGACAGGAAACGCUACCCUGGGACCCUGCCAAGACUGUGACCCCAAGAUGUGGAAUGCCCCUUUGGAUAUCAACUGAUGCAAGCAGCGGACUUAGACUUUCCAAAGAGCUUCCCAUCAACGAGGGACGGGUUUCUGUCUUGCCAACCCUGACAAAACAUUCUCUUUCUAGUCCUAGCGAGAGAAUCGAUUGCCCAGUCAUCCAGAAGGACUCUUGUUGCCCAUCGGGGUAGUACAGACUGCUUGCAGCCAUGUUAAUUUGGCAUCCAUUGCUCUAUUAAAAGUGCUAUAUCAAUAUA